ACAACUCCUUCUCGUCCUUCUCGAGUUACUGUGGUGUGUGUUGCACAAGCUACUUCGCCGAUCACCUCCUAUUUUGAGCAUUUUUCUCUGCAAAAAUGGCAUCAAGGACAAAAGCAAGCGAACAACUAUCUGAUUAUGCACAAAGUCAAAACGGMSAGCGCCAGUGUCUAACAACAAGUGCUGGUGUGCCCGUGGACACCAAUACCUCAACAAUGACUGUUGGUCCACGUGGUCCCAUUUUGAUGCAGGACACCCAAUACAUGGAUGUGAUGUCACACUUUGACAGGGAGAGAAUCCCUGAACGUGUUGUUCAUGCUAAGGGUGGUGGUGCUUUUGGGUAUUUUGAAGUCACUCAUGAUAUCACAAAGUACUGUAAGGCUAAGAUCUUUGAGAAAGUUGGCAAGAAGACAGACUGUGUUGUCAGGUUUUCUACUGUAGGUGGUGAAUCUGGCAGUGCUGACACUGUACGUGACCCUCGUGGAUUUGCUUGYAAGUUCUACACUGAAGAUGGCAACUGGGAUCUCGUUGGCAACAACACUCCUAUCUUCUUCAUCAGGGAUCCUAUUCUGUUUCCCAGCUUCAUCCACACUCAAAAAAGAAACCCUGUCACUCACUUGAAGGACCCUGACAUGUUCUGGGAUUUCAUCACCCUCCGUCCAGAAACCACCCACCAAGUGUCAUUCCUCUUUAGUGACCGUGGCAUUCCAGAUGGACACUCCCAUAUGAAUGGAUAUGGUAGCCACACCUUCAAGAUGGUGAAUGCGGAGGGCAACCCUGUAUACUGCAAAUUCCACCUGAAGACGGACCAAGGAAUCAAGAACAUCCCUGUGGAUAGAGCUACACAGCUUGCUGGCUCCGACCCUGACUACAGCAACAGAGACUUGUACAACCGCAUUGCU